AUGGAUUUCGCCGAUCUAUCCAAAUACGAUGACCUGUGCAGCGAUAUUUUCCUUGACGACCUCUUUUUAUGGUUCAAGACGACCAAAAUGAACACCACCCAUCGCAAACCUAGAAUCCAUGCGAAGCAGAUUCUCGACAUUAUCCAACGCAAAGUUGUUGAGGAAAGGAAACCCAACGAGGCCGUCCAAGAAGUGUUAGAGCUGGAUUUCUUUAAACAAUGCUUUUCCGACAAGGAGAAACAGCGUCAGGAGUUUGCUCAACAAGCCAAACGUUAUCUAUACAUGUAUAUGCCGAGUGCGGGAUAUGAAGUGAGCGACACCCAACGAUACAAGGUCAAGGGAAGGAGAACCGAAGCAUGUUUGAUUGCAACCAAGGACUGGCAUGUGGGAGACCAAAUUAGUUUUUGCACUGGGAUGAUAGCCACCUUGAAACCAGAGGAAGACGCACACUUGAGGAAUCGGGAUCAGGAUUUCAGCGUCAUGUGGUCACAACGUAAAGGAUGCACUUGUCUUUUUCUUGGCCCCGCAAGAUUCGUCAAUCAUGAUUGUAAUGCCAAUUGCAGAUUCAUAUCGCAAGGCCAAAAUGCGGUGACUUUUCAAGUUGUUCGAAAGAUUGCCUGCGGAGAAGAGAUGACAGCUUUCUAUGGAAGCCAUUACUUUGGAGUCGAUAACAUUGAAUGUCGAUGUGCAACCUGUGAAGAAAAUGGUCGAGGAUACUUUUCCCCUCAAGCUCCAUCAGAGGAUGAUCAAGCAAAUGGCGUUCGAAGGAGUAGACGCAAGAGAAAGGUCAUCAAUUAUGAUGACUAUAUUACUUUUCCACCUCCGGAACCACCGAAGCGUGCACGUCCAAAAAAAGAUGCAUCAUCCACGACUGAUGCAUCAUCCACGACUGAAGCACAACCGCAUCCAAAGCAUGAAACCAAAUCGUUGCCCAAGAAAAGAAAUUCAGCCGUGAUGAGUAUCGAUUUUCUCUGCACCGAUGAACUCAACAACCAGCAACGCAUGAAGUUGGAUAAGCCGGUGGAUUUAUUGUACGAUGUGGUGAUGGAUGCUGAUGUGUCGAUUCCCAAUGAAGAAGAACGUAUGGCGGUACGUGUGAGGAAUAGGGAGAAUUGCCCACCUUCUCCAGCAUACGACUCGAGUUCAUCACCAUCCACAGAAGGUGGAUCGUCCAAUGAAUCAAAAACAGCUGACAACUUACAGCAGCAGAAGCAGCAUCAUCAGCAUUCAGAUGACUCAGUAUCAACGAAUGGCCAUGCGACUGAAAAGGAUAAUGCCACUCGAUCAAAAACGGCAUCCAAACCUAUCAAAGAAGAAGAACGACUAGAAUGCGUAGCGUGUGGAAAAAACCUACAGCAAGAGGAGAUCUCUGAACAGCUUGGUUGCAACAAUCCUGUCACAGCUGAACUUAUCACGUGGUCUUGGACUCCUAGUGCCAUCUUCACCGAUUGGCGACCUCAACGAUGUCCAAGAUGUGAACGGCAUUAUUUGAUAUAUAAUCAUGAAUGGCCUGUCAGGAGAAUAAGAAAGGUCCGAGAGAAGGAAAGUGGCAAUCAAGAAGCAACAGCCGACUCGACGGCGGCAGAUUCUACUUCCAAUAUCCCUAGCAACAACGUCACCGCAACAGCCAUCUCCAUGACAACAACAUCAUCAUCCCGCAAACCUAAAUCUACCAAGAAUUUGUCAAAGUCCAAAAAGAGAACUACCGAUCCAGCUGUGCAAGCAUACGUUGACAAGCUACUUCUCACUGAUUGCCCCCUAUCACCUUUAUCCGAAUACGCUGGUGAUGAAGACCUCGACGUGGAUUUCUUAUGUAUAUAA